ACAUCAUAGACUGCCAAUCCACUUGGGCACUUGCCUGUACAGCCACCACCUCUUUCGGUUGCACACACUUCGAUAUUUUUACACCUUCAACGAGUCUAUAAUAAUCCACAGCUUACACUCAUCGGUGUGGGUAUAAGUAUCGGUCUCGCCCUCAUCCUACCAGACUCUUUCAAUCAUCUACCACCUUUGAAUUCACAAGCUCCAUUGCAGCAACCUUACCUCGAACCUUGCCACUCCGACCAUCUCCAGCACCCAUCCUCCGCGACGUAACCUUCCUAAGCAAGCGACGAUGUUGUCUUUCACCCACAUCUGCUCCCUUAUCCUGGCCGCUUCGACCUUGACCAGCGCCUUGCCCGUCACCGAAGCUGCUCCAUCAUACGCAAAGACGCCCAAGAACUUCUUCCUGGUGACAACUACCUCCUCCCAGCGACCACAGAACAACAACGCAUCGACACUGGCCAAUGUGAGCGCAACGUCACUGUUCGACCCCUUCCACCAGCGUACAUACUACCUCCGAACAAUCGAACCGGGCUAUCUCUCGCUCCCUACGUUCAACCUCACCGAUGGCGUCCUCCAGACAUUGACCUCCAACUACGCCCUCGGCGAGGGCAUCACAUUGUACAACAGCUCUCGGGUCGAGCCUGGAGUCCAGCUUGGUCUCAACCCUCAGCCUGAGGUCAAGGGUACUCUGGCGCUGAAGGACGGCUAUCUCCUGACGGCGGACGGAUCGGCCGAGGGCUGGACGAUCUGCACGGAUGUGCUGAGUCAGAGCGUGCUCUUCUGGAAAGGUACUGAUAGCAGCUGUGUUCCGACUUUCAUCCAGGCUGUGAACAAGCCCCCUUACUGAGUGUAUCCUACGUAAUUUAUGAGCGACGAUGUCGAUACCGGAAACGAUCUUGGACGGUCUGCGUAU